AUGAUCAGUUUGGAUUUGCUGGAGUCGAAUAAAGAUGCUGUGCUCCAUAGUUUAGAAACCCAUAAUUUCACUUUCUUUAGUUCAAUUGGUGCUAUACCUGCUUUACAAUUCUUUAGUAAAAUUACACAGGCAAAGUUCUUAUUCAUUAGUGAUGAUUUAGGUAUAAGUCAAUGGUAUAAAGAUAUACCAUAUCAGACAUCUGUUUAUGAUGAUAGGUUUUCCGUGGAAGGUUCAUCCUGGUUAACUUAUGAAUUAGUCUUGUUUUUAUUGAGUCAAGAUACUACCUUUUUAAAUUCAUUUGAUUUUAUUAUUAUGGAUGGUAUAGAUCAAAGAAGUGCAAAUUCUGAUUUUGUAUUUUCUUUAAUUGUUAAUUUAAAGUUACAAAAUAAAUUCAUUGUUUUACAAAGAUCAAAUUAUCAAUAUGAUUUAUAUACAAAAUUUCUUGAGAAAUAUGGAUAUACAUCAAAUUUAAUUAAUUUAGAAGAACAAUCCUCAAUAUCAACAUAUUUCUUACCAGAACCUUGUCAAAAUAUCAAUAAAGAAAUAUUAGAAACAUUGGAUACAAUCUUAUCAACAGAUACAAUUUCAAAUAGUUUUGAUAUCUUGAUUCUAUUAUCAAAUGAUUAUGAAAUUCACCAAUUCAAAACUUUAAUCCUUGAUUCAUCAAUAAAUCAUGAUUUUUCCAUUAUAACAGAUUUAUUUAAAUAUCAAGUUCAAGGUUCGCAUAGAAGAAUUAUAUUAUCAACUAAUUCUCAUUAUUUCCAAGAUUUUCCACAUAAAAUACGAUAUAUUAUUGAUUCUGGAUUACAAGGAGGUAUACCUAUUAAUAAAAAUCAAAUUGAACAACAUUUAUCAAUAUUAAGAAAUGAAGAUUCAAGUUAUUUUGGAAUGUUUAGUGAGUCUGGGGUUAUUGAUUCAUUUAAUCAUUUAUCUCAAGUUGAAUUAUUACCUUUUAUAAUAUAUUUAUUAAAAUUUAACCAAAAUUUAAAUGAUUUUGAAUUUUUAUCAUCACCACCUUUAAACAAUAUUAAGAAAUCAAUAAGUUAUGGUAUUUAUAUGGGGAUAUUGAAAAUAAAUGAUGUACAAGAUUUAAAAUUAAGUGAAAUGGGGGUCAUGAUUAUUAAAUAUCAAUUACAAUUGAAUAUAUCAAGUAUUUCAUUAUAUACAUCAUUGGUUGUUUCAAUAACUAAAAAUUUCCCCCAGGUAGUAACUUGUUCUAUAAUGAAAAUCAUAUCAAUGUUAAUAACUCAAAAUAUUGGGAAAUUAACAAAAUUUAUACAUAAAGAUUUUGAAUUUAAAAAAUCAUUAAGUAAGAUUAUGUCACAUGAUGAAUCAUUAGCUGAAUCUGAUUUUAUUUCAUUAGUCUUUAUAUUUAAUGAAAUUAUUGGAAAUGAGCAACAUAUCAAAACAUCUGGGGCAAAGCAUAAUGUAAUAAUGAAUAAAUUUAAUAAAGAUGAAAAGAAGCAAAUAUUACAUGUUUAUAAGCAAUUGGAAAAGAUAAUAGGAUACAAUAUUAAAUCUAAAGAACCAUUAGAUCCAAAUCAAUUACAUAAAUGCUUGUUUAUUGGAUUCCAAUUACAAUGUGCCACAAUAAUUAAAAAUGUGUCAAAUGGAAAUGACAUAUUAGAUAUUGAAUUAAUACCGGUCAUACGACCUUUACUUUUAACAGAGAAACAUACAACAUUAAACAAUAGCCCCGAAGGGAUUGAUUUAAUUAAAUCAAAUGAUAUCAUAAUUUAUUAUAAAAGUGAGUAUAUUACGUUUUAA